CGCCCACCCAACCACCAGAUCAACCACCAGGCACAAGGCAACACUACGACCCUUCGCACCCUCAAAUCCCUUCUGCCAACGCGACACGCUUCCCAUAUGGCCGCUAGAGGCCGCCGACUCGAUGGCCUCCGCGCUUCCUAUCUUUUCUCGUGUAAAUGAGGCCGGCGCUGCCUUCAUCAGCCUCGAACGAGCGCUUCGGGACUCUGCGCGCUUUGCGGCCCAGGUCCGCCCGCAACAUAUCGCAGAUGAGUUCGACCGUUUCAAGAUAUGGGCUGGCAACAUGGCCGCCCACCGGAAGGGGCGGCGUUCGCUCGAAUACCGGCUCCGCGACGCAGCCCAUCUGAAGGAGGAGCUCAACAAGCUGCUAGCAGCCUUGCAGGACUCCAUCCAGACUUCUUUAGCCAUCGUGGAGGGGAACAGGGUGCCCUGGGACGAACUAUCAGACUCUGACAGCGAUUCGGGUUCUGAUGCCGAGCUCUCGGAUCACACCGAGGGCGACACCGAACUCAAGCAGCUUCUAGGAAGCAUCAAAACCGCUAUCACGUGCCUCUUCAGGUUGUCCAUGUCCAUUCGGAACCCUGCCCCAAAUGACCAGUCUCGCAGCAUCAUUACAGUUGACAAGUCCUACUUCAAAGAAUACGAUAUGCAGCAUGCAAAGGCAAAGUUUCCUAGCUGCGCCGACUACUUGGUCGAGAGGCUUGGAUGUGCGAGCUCUGGGCGGCGGCAGUACCUCAGCUAUCGCGAAGAACACCACCAGAAGCUUGCUAAAGAUGUGGAUCUAGUCGGCCUUGAGGCACCGAAGACUGAGCACACGAGCAACAGCACGGAGGCAACUUCAAUGCCAACGGCACGAGCGAAUAGCUUCGACGUCCUUGACGGCGAUGAUGCCCUUUCUCAAACGUCGUAUGCCACGUCAGUUAAUGCCGCGAUUCGAGUGCCGCCACUACCGAAAGUGGCUCAUGAGCAAGAGCACUUUGAGUGUCCCAUCUGCUUCAUGAUAGUGUCCAUCCACACCGUAGCAGGCUGGAAGCAACACGUCUACCGAGAUCUCCAUUGUUACUGCUGCACCUUCGAGAAUUGUAUCACUGCGGAUCAUCUCUACGAUUCCCGCCAUGCCUGGUUCACCCAUGAGCUGGAGGCUCACAGAACCUCUUGGCAAUGUAUUGAAGGCUGCGGAGAGACCUUUUCAACAGAGGAAAAGUUUGAGAACCACAUACGGACCUCCCAUCCAGAUCUGGGCCAUCCGCGCAUGUUAUCAGCUCUGAAACGGACAUCCGCAAAGAAGCCUAGCCUGUCAGAUGAGGCUCAUUGCCCGCUCUGCGACCAGCGAAUGACCCUCAGAUUGUUGCAAAGACACGCUGCCCGACAUCAAGAACAGUUCGCACUAUUUGCUCUUCCACCAAAUCUGGAAGCUACUGAGGAUGAGCCACAGGACGACGAGCAUCAAUCUGUGGAUAUGAACGAGUGGCAAGAUGAAGAGCUAUCUGACGUAAGCGAUACAGUUGAUGCCGAAGACUUAGCCGAUGUAAACAAUCCGACCGAUGGAGACUUCUCCGAUGCAAGCGACGAUGAAGACGCAUCGGUAUCUAGGACGGAUCCCCAGGACAUCAACACCAGCCGUUCCGCCAUAGGCAGCGUACCAACGAACCAGUGGUUUGUGCCUGGCGAUGGUAUCGACGAAGAGGUUAUUGAUGCCGACAUUCAGCGCUAUUUAGGCCCCGAUGCGCUCGUUAGGCCCGGCUUUGGCACUGACGAAUACGAGGGCCGAGCAGGUUAUUGGAUAACUGCAUAUCGAACAUUGACGGCACAGAUGAUUCAGGACCUGAAGACGGACUCCCAGCGUUGGCAAAAUGAAAGAGAUGGAAAAAGUAAAGGCGCAUCUCAAGACUCGAGCACUCAUUCAACGCCGGACGAGGAAGUCGUGGAAUAUGAGAGCGACAACAUGGAAGUUGAAGAGACGCCAGCUUUGUCUCGCAAGCUCAGCAAGAAGGAAAAGAAGAAAGCCAAGCAGGCUGCGUUCGCAUGGGAUGAACCAGAGGCAGCGCCUGGCCCUAAUGAAAGAAAGAUUGGGCAAGAUGUCGAUGUCGCAUUCGGAGUGAGAACAAGCGCUGUUGACGAGAGUUUCGCAGAUGCAAAUCGCGCGCCUACAUCUGACGCUGGUGCAGAGACAAACCACACGACCCGUUCGUCGAUAUAUUCGCUAAUCGAAGAAAGCGAUAAGUACAAAAAUAUCCAGUCUCAGCCUAAGGGUAUUCUUCGCAGGCCGGCCGAAAGGUUUCCUGAGGAUCCUGAACCUAUUCGGGAGGGUCAUGAUCCUUACCGCCCUCCAACUCCCCCUUCCCCUUCCGCUACCGCUUCACCCUCCGGUCCACCUAAGAGUAUUCUUCGCAAGCCGACCGAAGAAUUUCCUGAGGAUCCUUUCCCUAUUCGGGAGGGCGUUGCCCCGCUUAAUGAUGCGUCAAAAGACGACGAUAGCAUCCCACCAGAAGCCCGAUGGACGAAGAUAGAUCGCAGACUCGUCAACCCAGAGGCUCUAGAAGAGGCCAAGGAGCGUUUUGAAGAGCGUCUAGACUGCGUCAUUGUGUUGAGGGUAUUAAGGCGUGAGGAAAUCCAAAAGCUUGCUGAUCGCACAAAAGAGAUCCGUGAGGGCAGAGAGGCUGGAAAGAGAGAUCAGGAAGUGGCUUCCUCGAAGGGCAAGGAGGCCGCGGUUGAUGCUGAAAGCGUCUCGGGGGACGAACUCACCUUUUCCUAUACGGAUCCGGCAGGCAUGUACCGCGACACCGAGCCGGCGUGGCGGCGGCCAUUGUCUGGUAACAUAGGAGAUGAUAAAGACUCCCUGGUUGAUCGCUUGGGCCGCCCCUCCCACACAGACAGUACUGGGUUCUCCUCUACAAAUGACCCGUCACGAGACGUCCAGCGGGGAGCUCUAGCCGUCAAAGAUGCUCAAAGCGAUACACAUAACAUACUAAGGGAUCGCCAGCAGCAGAUGAAGACCGAGCAAGCACCCGAAACGGAGUCUGGACUGCGCAGCGGCGAAGUCCCCGACGGGACCGCAAAGGCAGCCAUGUUCUCGUUCUUGAGCGAUCCGGCCCGGGAAGAUUUAAUGAGCAACGCCGCGAGGUUACAAAUAGAACUAGAGAAUACCCCAAAUGGAACGCGGGGGACCAUGAAGUAUGAAAGAACGAGGAAACAGUAUGAACUUGCCGAACUGGAGCUCCGUUUGUAUGAUAUAGAGGCGUUUUCAACGAGAGCUCAAGCCAAUCAUACGAUAGCCAAUCUUCAGCUCCAGAUCAGUAACUUGAAGAGAGAUCUCCUCAAAUAUCCGGGCAAGAGGGAAGAUGGACAGGACAUUAAGACAUAGAGUCGCUAGGCGGGCGAGGUGAUAGCCCUGCGCUUCUACGCCGCCAACAGUGGUCGCAUUUGACGCGCCUCGCGAAAGCUGCCGUAUUUUAAUACCUCGAUCCCUUAUCGGGCCCACUCUGUCCAGACAUAAAUACACUUUUCGCUUCACGCUAGAGCCUUGACGACAUCGAGCUGUUGGCGAAAAGGGCCAUGACGACGACACGGAGAAGCGAGGGAACGGAAUCCCGUUGUACAGGCGGCCUUAUUCAAGGGUUGCAGCAGGUAGCGGACAUGAUGGGGGUGUUCUGUGCGUAUAAGUGAUUUGGAUGGACCGAUCGUGAGCGGGCAAAGAUAUUUGAAUCUGUGUUCUACCAACACCGAUUGCCAAAAAUGAUAAUAAAUUAGUUCCAGAGGGGAUAGCGAUUGUGUAUGAUCUUUCAGUGUUAACAUCCUUUAAGCCAAGGCUUUUCAUUCUAUUAGCGUAUCAAAUGAUACUAC